CCCACCGCGCCCCGCCGCGCCCCGCCGCGCCCCGCCGCGCCGCCGCAGGCAUGAUGCAAGUCCAGGGCCUCCUCCUCCUCGUCCUGGCAUUGAUCCUCCUGACCGCAACCGCUGAGGCUGGCAAAACCAAGAAAGACAAGGUGAAGAAGAAUGGCUCCGAGUGCGAGGACUGGCGCUGGGGGCCCUGCAUCCCCAACAGCAAAGACUGUGGCCUGGGCUACCGUGAAGGCACUUGUAAAGAUGAGACUAAGAAACUCAAGUGUAAGAUUCCCUGCAACUGGAAGAAGAAGUUCGGAGCUGACUGCAAGUACAAAUUUGAGAGCUGGGGUGGGUGUAGCGUUCAGACAGGUGUGAAAACCCGCUCAGGCAUCCUGAAGAAAGCCCUGUACAAUGCCCAGUGUGAGGAGAUUGUCUACGUGACCAAGCCCUGCUCUUCCAAGAUCAAGUCAAAGUCCAAAGCAGCGAAGAAGGGCAAGGGGAAGGAUUAGAGUGGGAAGACAACAUCCUCGCCUCCACCUCCUCGACACGGUGCCUGAAUGGUUGGAAGCACGCCGCUCGUGCUGCAGCCGGGUCCCCCCGCUCCACAGCGUCUUGCCAAACGCCAGUCUUCUUCUUCCUCUUCCACCACCUCCUCUUUAACCAAGAUGCCUUGUUCUGUUCAUCAGUUUUGUAGAGAGCAAACCCAAGUCCUUCCUGCAGAAGGUGCUGUCUCCCUUCCAGCUGCCCCGCUGGCACUGUCCGUGCAUCCCCCUCUCCUCUCCUCUGGGUUUAUUUCAAGGCUUGCUGGAAUGUUUGUGGAGAGCUGGGACAGGACCAUAUGCAGUUUUCCACCCUUGGCCACCCUUGAAUUGCCUUUGGCAAGCCUGGGAGCUCCUGGCUCCUCUGCUUGAUACUGGUGCUUGAGGGAAAGGCUGAGUGUUGAAUGCUCGAGUAACCCUGCCUGGGGAGGGAGGGAUGGGGGAGCCAAGGGAGAGAAAAUCAAUCAUCUCCCACCGGGGUAUUGACUGGCAGGCCUGCACAGUGGAGACAGGAACCUCCUGAGCCCCCCAUUUCCUUGGCUUGGCCUGAAGCAGACUCUCCCUGUGGUUAGAGGUGCUCGGUGCAUCCCGCUGCCCCUUUGCCCUCAGCUUCCCAAAGCCUCAUUCACAUGAGGAUGGGGCUUCUUCCCUGCAGCAGAUGCAAGAGCUUCCUGCAGCUGCCAGGGGAAGAAAACCACCUUCAUGGGUGACCAGUGGUCAUGUGUCCCCCUCCCUCCUCUCUGUCGCUUUUAGCCUGGACGUGUCUGUGCCAGGGCUGUAGCCUCUCUGCCUUCGAUGCUCUAACACUGGUGCUGGGUGGGAGCUCUCUCUAUUUUUGGA